AUGCUUCGAUAAAUCUUAACAAUUGCCACUAUCUCUUUGCUUUUAAUUGGAAAUAACUAUCAAACAUCAUCUUAAUCAUAAACUGAGUUUGAGAUUUGGUAAUAGAAGCAUCAUAAGAUGUAUUUUGGUGAAGAAAAAAUAUAUAGGGAAACAGUUUUUUAGGCUAACAAAAAAAUGAUUGAGAAUCACAACAAUGAUGAAUAAAGAUCAUAUGAUAUGGGUGAAAAUCAAUUCAUGGCAUUGACCUAAGAUGAAUUUAUUUCAUUAUAUUUAAAUUAGUUGGAUGCUCCAAAAUUAGAACAAAUAGAACAAAGAGAACAAAUUUUUAAUAUAGAUGAACCCCUUAAAUAGAUUGAUUGGAGUUCCUUUAGCACAAUUAAAGAAUAAGGAAUAUGUGGAGCUGGUUGGGCUUUCUCUGUCAGUAAUUCUAUAGAAGCCUGGUAUGGAAUUAGAGGAGGAAGAAAUAUCACAGCAUCAGCUUAAUAAUUAGUUGACUGUGACUCCUAUUCAAAAGGUUGUUAUGGAGGAUAUAAUUAUAAUGCUAUGCAUUAUGCAUAAUAGAUUGGAUUAAUGAGCAGCUAUUAUUAUCCAUACGUUGGAUAACAAUAAGGAUGUAGAUACAAUAGAGGAGAAUUUAGAAUUAAUAAUUAUUAGUUUGUAGGUAAUUAAUAAUAAACUUUAUAACAUUAUUUACAAAAUUAUCCUGUCUCUGUUGGUGUUGAUGCAUCAAAUUGGCAAUUCUAUAAAAACGGUACUUUUUAUGAUUGUGGACAAACCGUAAAUCAUUAUGCUUUGGCAGUAGGAUUUGAUUUUGGAUACAAUUGGAUUGUUUAGAAUUCCUGGGGUUAUGGUUGGGGAGAAAAUGGGUCCAUUAAAUUAUCUCCAGGAAAUACCUGUGGUAUCCUCAGUUAAGCAUAUUAAAUUGUUUGA